CAAAAGGUGUUGGGUUUCCAGCUGGCAGGGACUGGCUGGCCUCUUUCAGCUACUGUUACCAAGCUACACCUCAUCAUUAAUUUAUCUCACCCUAAACCUCUGGGCGGUUGGUUGGGUGUUUGUUCAGCUAAGUGCAAGGAAGGACGGUGUUUCUCUUUCUGCCAGAGUGGUGCACCAGCAGGGCUUCCAGGGAAGGACUAAAACCUGAGCUGGGUCGAUGCAGCACCGCGAGGAUAUGAGCCCGCAGGACUCCAAGGCAGCAGGGGCUGAGGCCACAGAGGAGCAGAAGGCCCAAAAACAGGGGUGUAUGGAGCCCACAGCACCCCCUAUUCCUCCCCCUUCACCACCGCCACCAGGGCCUCCAGAAUACCUGAGACCAAGGCUCAUAUUCCACACCCAGCUGGCUCAUGGGAGUCCAACAGGCCGCAUCCACGGAUUCACCAACGUGAAAGAGCUGUAUACCAAGAUCGCAGAGGUGUUUGACAUUUCACCCUCAGAGAUCCUCUUCUGCACCCUAAACUCUCAUAAAGUGGACAUGCAGAAGCUCCUGGGGGGACAGAUUGGACUAGAGGACUUCAUCUUCGCUCACGUCAGAGGGGAGACCAAAGAAGUGGAGGUGACAAAGACAGAAGAUGCAUUGGGCCUGACCAUCACAGACAAUGGAGCUGGAUAUGCUUUUAUUAAGAGGAUAAAAGAAGGCAGCACCAUUGACCAGCUGAAGACAGUAUGUGUUGGUGACCACAUCGAGGCUAUCAAUGAGCAGAGCAUUGUAGGAUGUCGGCACUAUGAGGUGGCUAAGAUGCUGAAAGAGCAACCGAGAGGCAUACCCUUCACUCUCCGCCUCGUGGGGCCCAAAAGGGCCUUUGACAUGAUUGGAAUGAGGACGAGAGCGCCAAAAUCCAAUGAGGGCAAGAUGGUGAACGGGAAGGAGACGCUGAGACUACGCUCCAAGGGUGCGGCGACAGUUCAAGAGGUGCAGAAUGAAUUUGAAGAACGGGCCACCAGGAAAGUAGAUGACCUGUUGGAGAGCUACAUGGGUAUUAGAGAUCUUGAGUUGGCAACCACCAUCGUGGAAGCGGGCAAAGACAAGAAGAAUCCUGACGACUUUGCUGAAGCGUUGGAUUCAGUGUUGGGAGAUUUUGCUUUCCCCGAUGUGUUUUUGUUUGAUGUAUGGGGCGCUAUUGGAGAUGUCAAAAAUGGCAGAAUUUAGAAAUUGACAUAAUAAAGAGAAAUUAUUUUUUCUCAUAUUCCAUCCCAUUGUAAAAAAAAAAGCACAGCAUAAGAUUGUUUUAAUGUUGCCUUCCAAGUCCAUGUCAUGACUUUUAAUCUUUACAACCACGAUAGGAACCAGUAUUAGAUCAAUAAUUUACCUUUGGACAAUGAAAGGUAUUCCUAACAAAUCCCCCCACUAAAUGCAAUGAUAUGCAUGCAAAAAGACUGCAGUGCAGUUUUAUAUCCAGUUUAACUGCA